GGAGACAAUGACUCGCACCCCUGCCUCCACACUGACUGACCCCUUCCACCGACCUCUUCUCUCAAUUUCACUUACGCAUAAUUAGCCGCGUUGGAUGAAGUGGGUCAUUAUGUCAUAGCAUUUCGUUCCGUCUGCGUCAUUUCACGCCAGAAAGCGCUUUCUCUGGAGGACUGAGGGAGUUAAAAGACUUGUGCGCGCACACUGGAGUCGUGGAGAGCAACUUUAUUCUCACGGAAAGCAAGUUCUGGGAGGGAAAAGCCCAAUAAGCCAACCCCUCUCUCUCUCUCUCUCUCUCCUUACUACGUCUGUCACCCCGUUUCUCUGUCAGUUCACUUACUUAGUCAGACUUGUGGCUGCACUUCGGCGGCAUCAGACGGCGGCGCGCAACAGAAGCGGACGCUGCGCACAAAGCAAUGAUGAAGCCGUGCUCGGGACUGAUGCGGUUCCGCUGGGCGCUCUUCGCCAGCGCGUGUCUGCGGAUGGUGAGCGCGGACUGUGGCUCUGAUUGCGCAUACUGCUCUGUGCACCUGCGCCUGCAACAACCACACGCCAACUCUGUAGAAUGCGUGUUGCAAUGUGAAGGUCAUCUUUCCACUGGUGGCUCUUGGGCUACAUGUCAAGAUUUCCUGCAGACAACUGAAAGCACUCCUGAAGCAGGGCAAGCAUCCACAGAAACCUAUAGCCUAGCCCAACAACACCAUGAGGAGAAAAAAUAUGGCGGCUUCAUGAAGCGAUACGGUGGUUUCAUGAAGCGUUACGGAGGCUUCAUGAAACGGUACGGGGGCUUCAUGAAAAAAGCGGCAGAGGUUUAUGGGCCGCAGCCAGAUGACAUAGACCAAGGCAGAGAAAUCCUGUCUAAGAGCGACAUGGAAAUGCUGGCCAAUCUGGUUGAUGAUGAUGCAGAGAGGGAAGGACCUGCAACGAAGGACAUCCUUAAUGCAAAGGGAGAGGUUGAUGAGUUAGAGGGCAUGGUAAAGCGCUAUGGUGGCUUCAUGAGAAGGGGUUAUGACUCCGGGGGUGGGGCAAAACCGCUACAGAAACGCUAUGGUGGGUUUAUGCGGCGCGUGGGCAGGCCAAAUUGGGGGGAGGAGCCUAGAUUUUAUAGAGGUGUCUUUAAACGUUCGGCACAUGAGGAGGAAGAGCAAGAGAAGUCAUCAAAUAUGGUCAAGAAAUAUGGGGGUUUCCUGGAAUACUGAUGUCCUUGCAGAUUGUGGUUAGCUGUUGGUAUUUAUGUUCUAUCACACUUCAUCUGUUAACUGUUAAAGGUUCUUUGUAAUCACGGCAGACAAAAUUACAUGCUUAUAAUACACUUGUGCUGACACCAUUUGAAUAAUUUGCUUGUAAUAUCUUUGCAGUGCUAAACAUUUUCAGAAUGUGAAAUAAAAACACUUUCAAAGUUCAAAGUUUUCAAAGUAUAUAGUGGAUACUGGAAUUCAUGUUUCAUAGAUGCAAGCCUGUGUGGCAGAUUCAGACAACAGAUCAAAGUUUUAUCACUUAUGCUGGUCUGGCCUACCUUCAUUUGUUCCUUUUCCCCAUUUCCUUGGCAGCAUUACAGAUAAAGUUCUCUACACCAAAUUUACUUAGAGAUUGAUCCAGGAAUAUGUCUCUAAUUUACCAGCGCAACAGACUUAGUGGUGUAAAAGUCUUUUUUUUAAAGAGGGAUUUCCCCACACAGCCGUGUUUCUCAUAGUGGGUUGUUCUGUUGACUGUUUAAAUUUGUUAUAUGCUGUGCAGCUUGAAUAAACUGCUCGA